AUGGAGCUGGGCGGCCUUCAGAGAUCCGCGACGUCGUAUCGCAGCCAGGGAUCCUCCGGCCUGGUGUGGGACGACAAGCUCAUCGCCGAAUUCAGCCCCGAUGCUAUCACCGACACCACGAACCUUCGUGUCAAAACCGACGUGCCCUCGUCGGAGCCGGGCAAGAUGCGUCGCAGCCACUCCGCUUCCACCUUCUCCAGGGACGUCCGUGCUUGGUCAUUUGGAUUGGCAUCGAUCGACGGCGGCGGCGGCGGCGCUAGGAGAAAGAAGAAACGAAGGAAGAAGACAGUGAGAUCUGAAGGAUUGGGGAUCAAAGAGAAAGACAGAGAAACACGCUUUUCUUCCUUCUUUAUUCUAUCUUUUAUUUUUUAA